AUGGCUCCCAAGAUCCUCGUCAUCUUGACCAGUGCUGACAAGAUUGUCAAGCUUGACAAGCCUACUGGCUGGUACCUGCCCGAGCUUGCUCAUCCCUACGAUGUUCUUGCGCCCAAGGCCGAGCUUGUCCUUGCCUCCCCCAAGGGCGGGGUAGCUCCCCUGGACCCCAGCUCUGUCGAAGCCUUUAAAAACGACGAGUCCUCCAAGAAAUUUCUCGACAAGAAGCUAUGGGAGAAGACGGCGCCGCUCAAGGACUUUGUCGGCCGCUCGAGCGAGUUUGCCGCCCUCUUCUACCCCGGCGGCCACGGGCCCAUGUACGACCUCGUCGAUGACCAGGAUUCAAUCGCGCUCAUUCAAGAGUUUUACAAGGCUGGAAAGCCCGUGGCCGCCGUCUGUCACGGCCCCAUCGUCUUGGCCAAUGUCAAAAUCAACGGCAAGCCGCUCGUCGAGGGCCGCUCGGUGACGGGCUUCACCAAUGAAGAGGAAUCACAAGCUGGCCUCACCGAAGCCAUGCCCUUCCUACUCGAAGACCGCCUCAAGGCUGUCGGCGCCAAAUGGACACAGGCUGACAAGCCCUGGGGCGAAAAGGUCGUCGUUGAUGGCCAGAUCAUCACCGGCCAGAACCCUGCUUCUGCUCAUGCUAUUGGUGUUGCAAUUUCCAAGGCGAUUGGUGUUUGA